UCUCUCCCUUCAGGAAGAAGCACACAGCCAAGUUGACCCUGCCGUGCAGCGUGACUGUAUGAGACAGAAGCUGCUGUCCCUGCUGGAACUGGGGGAGGAGACAUGAGACCUUAGUGCCUCACCGACCCAAGAGGUUCAACCAUGGCGGCCCAGCGCAUCCGGGCGGCCAACUCCAAUUGCCUCCCCCGGUGCAAGUCAGAGGGGACGCUGAUUGACCUGAGUGAGGGCUUCUCAGAGACAAGCUUUAAUGACGUCAAAGUGCCUUCCCCCAGUGCCUUGCUAGUGGACAACCCCACACCUUUUGGAAACGCUAAGGAAGUGAUUGCGAUCAAAGACUACUGCCCCAACAACUUCACCACCCUAAAGUUCUCCAAGGGCGACCACCUCUACGUCUUGGACACGUCUGGUGGGGAGUGGUGGUAUGCCCACAACACCACGGAGAUGGGUUACAUCCCUUCCUCCUACGUGCAGCCGUUGAAUUACCGGAAUUCCACCCUGAGUGACAGCGGCAUGAUUGACAAUCUCCCAGACAGCCCUGAUGAAGUGGCCAAGGAGCUAGAUCUGCUAGGGGGCUGGACAGAUGACCAGAAAGAAUCUAGCAGACCCUAUAGUAACAACCCUUUCUGGAAUGGAGUCCAAACAAACCCCUUUCUGAACGGGAAUCCACAACCCAGCACGGAUGAGCUAAACCCCAAGAGUACUGUGGAUCUCCUCCUUUUUGACACGGGCACAUCUUCCUUUACCGAAUCCAGCUCGGCUACCACCAACAGCACCGGCAACAUUUUUGAUGAGCUCCCGGCCACCAGUGGACUCCUCAGGGAGCAGCCGGUCAAGCGAGACAACCCCUUCUUCAGAAGUAAGCGUUCCUACAGCCUUUCAGAACUCUCCGUCCUGCAGGCCAAAUCGGAUGCUCCCCCCACAUCCAGUUUCUUCACGGGCUUGAAGUCACCUGCCCCAGAACAGUUUCAAAGCCGAGAAGACUUCCGGGCGGCCUGGCUAAAUCACCGGAAGCUGGCCCGUUCCUGCCAUGACUUGGACCUGCUGGGCCAAAGCCCAGGUUGGGGCCAGACCCAAGCGGUGGAGACAAAUAUCGUGUGCAAGCUGGAUAGCUCUGGGGGCUCGGUGCAGCUUCCUGACACCAACAUCAGCAUCCACGUGCCCGAGGGCCAUGUGGCCCCUGGGGAGACACAGCAGAUCUCCAUGAAAGCCCUGCUGGACCCUCCACUCGAGCUCAACAGUGAUAGGUCCAACAGCGUCAGCCCUGUGGUGGAGGUGAAGCUCAGCAACCUGGAGGUGAGGACCUUCAUCAUCUUGGAGAUGAAGGUCUCUGCCGAGGUGAAGGGCGACAUCUUCAGCAAAAGCACAGUGCUCCUGCAGUGCUUGAGAAGUGACUCAAAGGAGGGGCCUUACGUGCCCAUCCCCCUCGCCUACAGCUAUGGGGACACCGUACAAGUGCAGCUGGACAAUCUGGAACCCUGCAUGUACCUAGCUAUCGUUGCCCAAGGCCCCAACAUCCUCUACCCUUCCACCGUGUGGGAUUUCAUCAAUAAGAGGGUCACCGUGGGUCUCUACGGUCCCAAACACAUCCAUCCAUCCUUCAAGACAGUAGUGACCAUUUUUGGACAUGAUUGCGCCCCCAAGACCCUCCUGGUCAGUGAGGUUACCCGGCAGGCUCCCAGUCCUGCCCCCGUGGCCCUACAGCUGUGGGGCAAACACCAGUUCAUCCUGUCCAGGCCCCAGGAUCUCAAAGUGUGUAUGUUCUCCAAUAUGAGCAACUAUGAGGUCAAGGCCAGCGAGCAAGGCAAAGUGGUGAGAGGCUUCCAGGUGAAGCUUGGUAAGGUUAGCCGCCUGAUCUUCUCCGUCAUCUCCCAGAACCCCAACGAGCUGUCCGACUUCACACUGAGGGUCCAAGUCAAGGACGACCAGGACACAAUCCUCACGCAGUUCUGUGUCCAGACUCCGCAACCGCCCCCGAAAAGUGCCAUUAAACCAUCCGGGCAGAGGAGGUUUCUUAAGAAGAAUGAGGUUGGGAAGAUCAUCCUGUCGCCGUUUGUCGUCACCACCAAGUACCCAACGUUUCAGGACCGCCCUGUGUCUAGUCUCAAGUUCGGCAAGCUCCUGAAGACCGUGGUGCGGCAGAACAAGAGCCACUACCUGCUGGAAUACAAGAAGGGUGAUGCCGUGGCCCUGCUCAGCGAGGAACGCAUCCGGCUCAAGGGACAACUGUGGACCAAGGAGUGGUACAUUGGCUACUAUCAGGGCAAAGUGGGCUUGGUGCAUACCAAGAACGUACUGGUAGUUGGCAAGGCCCGGCCCAGCCUGUUCUCAGGGCCCGAGCUGAGCACCUCGGUGCUGCUGGAGCAGAUUCUCCGGCCCUGCAAAUUCCUCACCUACAUCUAUGCCUCUGUGCGGACCUUGCUCAUGGAGAACAUCAGCAGCUGGCGGGCCUUUGCCGAUGCCCUGGGUUAUGGGAACCUGCCGCUUACCUUCUUUUGCCGCGCGGAGCUGGACAGUGAGCCAGAGCGGGUAGCAUCUGUUCUGGAAAAGCUCAAAGAGGACUGUAACAACCCUGAUAACAAGGACCGGAAGUCCUUCCAGAAGGAGCUGGUGAUGGCUUUGCUGAAAAUGGACUGCCAGGGCCUGGUGGUCAGACUCAUCCAGGACUUUGUGCUCCUGACCACGGCUGUCGAAGUGGCACAGCGCUGGAGGGAACUGGCUGAGAAGUUGGCCAAGGUCUCCAAGCAACAGAUGGAUGCAUACGAGUCGCCCCACCGAGACAGGAAUGGGGUGGUAGACAGUGAGGCCAUGUGGAAACCGGCCUAUGACUUCUUACUCACCUGGAGCCACCAGAUUGGGGACAGCUACCGAGAUGUCAUCCAGGAGCUGCACAUAGGCCUGGACAAGAUGAAGAAUCCGAUCACCAGGCGCUGGAAGCAUCUCACGGGAACACUGAUCCUGGUGAACUCACUGGACAUCCUGAGGGCUGCCGCCUUCAGCCCCGCGGACCGUGAUGACUUUGUGAUCUGAGUGGGGCCUCUGCCCUAGUGCUUACCCGAACUGGAACUCUUCCAGAAUAUCAUCUGUCCGUGAUCUGUCCACGGUGGGGACUG